UGCAAGCGGGUGUAGUCUUUGUUUACUUAUUUGAAGUUGCAAAUUUUUUCAUGAAUUUGCAAUUUUUUAGAAUAUAAUGACUUCAUUGUCUCUUCCUCGAGUUUUACAUCCUAGAAAAACUAGUUUGGAAAUAGAACGAGAACUAUUUGAAAAAUCGCAGAUUUGCAUGGUAGCAUAGUUUGAAAAUUGCAUGUUUUGAUUGGAUAACUAUAUUAAUGGCUAAAGAAUAUACUUACCGAGAUAAAGAAAAAUAUCACCAAGCACUUCAGAAGGCAAUAAAUAAUAAUGAAGUACCAGUUAAACAGAAACAUGUUCGUUCUGCAAUUAUUGGCACCUUUCACACUCAAGGAGCAAGAACCUUCUGGGCAAUUGCUUCUAAAUUGCCAGCAAUGGAAGAUCAGAUAGUCGCCUGGAAGUUAUGCCACGUUGUUCAUAAAAUUCUGAGGGAAGGCCAUCCUUUAUGCCUUGUGGAUAGUCAAAGACACGUAAAAGAUCUUAACGAAAUUGGAAAAUUAUGGAGUCACUUAAACGAUGGUUAUGGAAAAAUGAUAAGGUUGUAUACGAAUCUUUUAAUGACAAAAUUGGAAUUUCACAAAAGAAAUCCUCGAUUUCCUGGUCACUUGGGUGUAACUCCUGAAGAACUGGAAUCGAUUGCAGGAAAUGAUGUCAACAAAUAUUUCGAGAUGUCUGUAGAAAUGUUUGAUUACCUUGACAAUAUACUAGAUUUACAAGGAGCAGUUUUUGGUUCAUUGAAUAUGGCUCGUUCAAAUUCGAUGACGAACACUGGGCAGUGUCGCUUGGCCCCUCUGGUUCCUUGCAUCCAGGAUGCCUCUAAAUUGUACGAUUAUUGCGUGAAAAUCCUAUUUCGUUUACAUUAUGCUUUACCUCCUGAUACUUUGACAGGUCAUAGAGAUAGAUUCAUGAAGAUUUUCAGAACAUUGAAGGAAUUCUACAAUAGCACUACUAAUUUGCAAUAUUUCAAGGACCUCAUUUCUAUACCCACUCUUCCAAAUGCACCACCAAAUUUCCUUAUACAAUCAGAAUUUCGAACAUACGUUACCCUGGAAGUCGUAGUUCCUCAAGAACCUGAAGAAGAACCACCAGCAGAAGGAAAUCUCAUUGACACUACAGAAAGUGAUAAUGCCGAAUCAUCUAGCACAAUAAGUCAAACAGUUUAUGAACAAAUUUUAGCAGAGAAAGAAUUUUUGAAAAAUCAGUGCGAAAAAUUAAGUUUAGAAAUUAAUGGUCUGGUUAAUAAACAUCGACAAGAUUUACAAGUAUUAGACAAUAAGAUUAAGACGUUAGAAACUGAUUUGGUAACAAAGGAUCAUGAGCUUAUUCAAGAGAAAAAAGACAAAGAGGAUCUUGUGACUCAAGCGUUUGCAGCUGUUCAGUCUAAGGGUACUGAACAGAAAGUAAAAGAUGAGAAGUUCCAAAAACUGAGGGAUUUCUAUUACCAACUUAGAGAUGAGCAUAUUCAAAAACUUAGAGAAAAAGCUGAUCUUGAGAAACGACUUAAAGCUUCAGAGACCAAGUUAGAAAACCUUGAAGUAGAAAAAAAUUCUUAUUUGCUUGAAAUCAAAGAAUUGUCAGAAAUGGUGAAAAAGUCAGAAGAUCAAAUGCAAAAAACUUCUAACGCCCAAAUUGAAGAGUUAGAGGAACUUAGAAAAGACAAAGAAUUGUUUAAUAUGGAAACGGAGAUCCUAAAAAAGAGUAUAAAUGAUCAUUGUAGAGAAAGAGAUGAAUACAAAUCUGAAUUGACCCAGACCAUAAAAGAUAAAAACAAUAGCGAAUCAAAGACUGAGGAACUAACGAAUAAGUUAUUGGAUGCCGAGGAACAACUUGCCAAAUUGAAAAGGGAAAAUCUUGCUCUUCUGGAAGAUUUACUAUGCAAGUCUGUGAAUGGUAGCAAGGAAGUGAUAAAACAUGCUGUUACUGAAAUAGAUAAUCCUGCGUUUUCCGCAUUGACUUGCUCUCCGGAUUAUUUGAUGGGCUUGAAAAAAGAAUGUGUUGCAUGUUUGGAGAAAUCUAAAUCUGUACCUACAGACGAUUUUGCAGAGAUCAUUGUUAUAUCGAAUGAGAUUUCUAAUAAAUUUUCUGCAUUCAUAUUGCAUGGUGGAGCCACUUGCAAUACUAGUCAUGAUAUAAAUUUUUCUGACAAAAUGUCAGAAAAUUGUAAAACUCUUGGGGAAACGACUAUUAAUCUUCUGGAAUGCUUGAAAUUGCAUCAGAAUACGAGUGAAAUGGUAACUGAAGCGUUGUCGAAAUUGGAAGAAAUAGGUGCAUGUGCUGAUAGCAUAAGCAGUUCUUUAACUGAAGAAAACAAAGAAAGCUUAGCGGAUAUGUUAGAAAAUGAAUUGGUUCAAAUGGAUAAAACUAUAGAAGAAGCAGCUAAAAGAAUACAAGAAAUGUUGGAUAAAUCUAAAGCUGCUGAUUCAGGGGUGAAAUUGGAAGUAAAUAGUAGAAUACUAGAUUCUUGCACAACUCUGAUGCAGGCAGUUAGAAUUCUUGUACAAAAAUCUAGAUCUCUUCAGGCAGAAAUAGUUCUACAAGGAAAGGGGACAGCCAAAGCUAAAGAAUUUUAUAAAAGGAAUCACCAGUGGACAGAUGGUUUCAUUUCGGCAGCUAAAGCUGUAGCCACAGCUGCCAAAUUUUUAUUAACUGCUGCUGAUAAAGUGGUUACAAUGAAUGGCAAAUUUGAACUCCUAAUGGUAGCUGCACAAGAAACAGCAGCAUCGACAGCUCAGCUGGUUGUGGCAAGUAGAGUUAAAGCAGAUAAAAAAAGUAACAAUCUCCUACAACUUACUACAGCUUCUAAGCAGGUUUCAACAGCUGUAGGCACAGUUGUAGCGAUAGCUGAAAGUUGUCGACAACUUGUAGAGGAAGUAGAAGAACUGGAUACCUCUAAUUUAACUUUACAUCAAGCGAAAAAAUUGGAAAUGGAAGCACAAGUUAAAGUUCUUGAAUUAGAGAAGGAAUUGGAGGAAGAAAGACUACAUUUAGCUUCAUUGAGAAGACGCCAUUAUCAACUGGCUGGAGAAGGAUGAAAUCGUUGAAUUGAACAGUACAAAUGACUGGGAAAAUGGUACUCCAACUGUUUACAUUUUGUUAGAUCCGAUAGUUCUCAGAUGGUAAUUCAGGUCUCCCAAAGAUAAUUGUUGAAAAUAUUCACAUCUUUUUAAACAAUUUGUUAGUGUUAUAGCUUACCAAAAGUGUAGUUUAUUAUAUACAAGCUUUUUACCAUAUAUUUUAUGUUCUAUUUGUAUUGUAUCACUUAACUCCAUUAAUUUAAUUAUUUAAAAAUAAAAUUUUUUGUUCUAUCAAAUAAAACAUACACUAAUUUCCUAAUUUUCUGGUGAAUUAGAAACUGAAAUUUUAAUAAAUAUGUAAUGAAAUAAUUUUGUAUUAAAACUUAAUGAAAGAUA